GCUGCUGCUGCUCAGCUCGUGUUCUCAAUCCCUCGGCUCGGCUCGCUGUCGCGUCUCACCGUCACGUUCGCGUUCACUCUCAAGUCUCAGCCUCUCUGCCGUUCUCGAAGUCUUAUAUGACUGCCGUUCUCAGCGCCGUUUUUGCCCUUUAGCUCCUCAUUUGUUGAAGGGUUUUGGUGUUGAAGGAAGUCAAGAUGGGUGAGCGGAAGCAAAGUGUGCCAGUUCUGCCAUGGAUGCGGGACCCUGUUGAUGUGACUCUAUCUGAAGAAUGCCCUCUUGAAUGUGUUCCUUGUCUUCACCCCAAGCUGAAGUUGGCAUUGCAGAAUAUGGGCAUCUCUAGGCUCUUUCCUGUGCAAAUUGCAGUUUGGGAGGAGACAGUUGGGCCUGGUAAUUUUGAGCGAGACCUUUGUAUAAAUUCUCCCACUGGAAGUGGAAAAACUUUAGCUUAUGCUCUGCCAAUUGUGCAAAUGCUUUCAAACCGUGUUGUAAAAUGCUUGCGAGCUUUAGUGGUGGUGCCCACUCGUGAUCUUGCUUUACAGGUCAAAGAAGUUUUUGAUGCCAUUGCGUCUCCGUUAGGUUUACAUGUUGGCUUGGCUGUUGGUCAAUCUUCAAUAGCUGAUGAGAUUUCUAAGCUUGUGGACAUACCAGGAUAUGAGGUAGGCAUGUGUUACGAUCCAGAAGAUAUAUCUCUUAGUUAUCAACUGGGCUUCCAAAGUAAGGUGGAUAUAUUGGUAGCUACCCCUGGAAGGCUCAUGGAUCACAUCACCACCACUAAAGGGUUUACACUUGAGCAUCUUUAUUAUCUUGUGGUUGAUGAAACAGAUCGGCUUCUCCGGGAGGCCUACCAAUCGUGGUUACCUACUGUAUUGGAACUAACUCGAUCUAAGGACAAGAAUAGUUAUCCACUUGCUGGUUCAGUUCUUCGUAAUUCAUUUAGUGCAUUAAGCACUAGAAGGAGAUGUGGGGUUGAGAGGGGAUUUAAAGAUAAACCUUACCCCAGGUUGGCAAAGAUGGUUCUAUCUGCAACAAUAACCCAGGACCCAGGAAAGCUUGUUCAACUUGAUCUACAUCACCCAGUAUUCUUGAAAGCUGGGCAAAUGCGUUAUAGGCUUCCAGAAAAUUUGGAAUCACUCAAAGUGAUCUGCGAAACAAAGGUCAAACCCUUGUAUUUGGCUGCCCUUUUAAAAUCACUGGGAGGAGAAAAAUGCAUAGUUUUCACAAAAUCUGUGGAUUCAACGCAUCAUCUAUGCAAAUUACUGAACUAUUUCAGUGAUCUUCAAAUUAAGAUCAAGGAGUAUUCUAGUCUUCGACGUCAACAUGUGAGAAGUAAGACAUUGAAGGAAUUUCGGAAAGGGGAGUUUCAAGUGCUUGUGUCUUCUGAUGCAAUGACUCGUGGAAUGGAUGUUGAAGGGGUGAGAAAUGUUGUUAAUUAUGACAUGCCAAAAUACAUAAAGACUUAUGUUCAUCGAGCUGGUAGGACGGCAAGAGCUGGGCAUACUGGGCGUUGCUUCACACUGCUGUCCAAAGAUGAGGCUAGACGAUUUAAGAAGUUGUUGCAGAAGGCUGAUAAUAGUUCUUGCUGUGAACACUUUCUGCCCUCCAGUUUGAUUGAAGAACUACAUGCUACUUACCAAUCAGCGCUGAAAAAAUUUAAAGAGACAGUUUCGGAAGCCCGAAAGAAACCCAAGAUCAGUUCAGAGACUUCUCAAGCAAACAAAACAAGUGAAAAAGAUCAUAGAGGGGAAUAGCUGCUCAUCCACCGUCACAUAAAAGAAUAGCUUAUUAUUUAGAGAAAAUCUCAGUAAGCCAUGGAGAAUGUCUGAUGGAGUUUGAGAUCCUAUCCCACAUGGCAUCCCAUGUGGCACUUACGUGGCAAGGGGCAACAUAUAUGGCAUGCAAAUCAAGGGGCAUUUGCGGAGAUGAACAAGUAGGAGGUCCAAUGACCAAAAGAGGCCCUCGAAGAACUAAGAUGCUAAAGGGCUGUGUUCCCUAAAAUAUUUUUCAAGCUUCAUGAUUUUUCAAGUGUUGUUACCAGAUCUAAAUGGUAUGGAGCACCAUAUAGGAAUACUUACAAACAAGCUCAAGUAUAAAAAUUCAUAUGUUACACUUAUUUUUAAAGUGUUUUAAGAUUGUUGAUAGAAA